AUGGUGGAGCGGGGUGGCCGAAAGCCCAAGAGUCAGUACAGAGACCACAAGGCCGGACUUUCGACCGAGGAAUAUGAGGGAAAACUGCGCAGCAGCUCCACGCUGUACGUCGGGAACAUGUCCUUCUUCUCGAGCGAGGAGCAGGUGUACGAGCUGUUCUCCAUGUGCGGAGAGGUGAAGCGGAUCAUCAUGGGUCUGGAUCGAAUCAAGAAGACGCCGUGUGGAUUCUGUUUUAUCGACAACAGGUAUUACUCUCACGACUCGGCUGCCAAGGGCAUAGCGUACAUCAGUGGAACAAAGCUGGACAACAGAAUCAUUAGGGCAGACUGGGACAUGGGGUUCAUUGAGGGGAGGCAGUAUGGGAGGGGGAGGUCGGGAGGUCAAGUCAGAGAUGACUACAGGCAAGGGUGUAUUAUAAAACACUGGCUCUUUUCUGCUUUCAUAUCUGCUACUUUGUCCCCAUCCUUCUCUACUGUACCAUCUUUUCGCCGCUCCUUCCUUUUCUCUUUUUUCAGGAUGGACUUCGAUGAGGAUAGAGGGGGCCUAGGGGGAGGGGCUGUCAAAGCCAUGCAACGACAGGGUGUGGCUCCAAUGGACACCUCCUCCACUGUCACAUGA